AUGACUUCCCCUACGGAGACCAUCAUCAAAGAAGGGAUGCUGACCAAACAGAACAAUUCAUUCCAGCGAUCAAAAAGGCGAUACUUCAAGCUUCGGGGACGGACGCUGUACUACGCAAAAACUGCAAAGUCCAUCAUUUUUGAUGAGGUGGAUUUAACAGAUGCAAGUGUGGCCGAGUCCAGCACCAAAAACGUGAACAACAGCUUCACGGUCAUCACCCCGUGUCGGAAGCUCAUCUUGUGUGCCGACAACAGGAAAGAAAUGGAGGAUUGGAUCGCGGCCCUGAAGACUGUCCAGGGCAGGGAGCACUUUGAGCCCACCCAAUACAGCAUGGACCACUUCUCAGGGACGCACAACUGGUACGCCUGUUCCCACGCCAGGCCAACGUACUGCAACGUGUGCCGCGAGGCGCUGUCCGGGGUCACUUCCCACGGGCUAUCCUGCGAGGUGUGCAAAUUUAAGGCCCACAAACGCUGUGCUGUGCGUGCAAUCAAUAACUGCAAGUGGACCACGCUGGCCUCCAUUGGGAAGGACAUCAUUGAGGACGAAGACGGGAUUGCCAUGCCGCAUCAGUGGCUGGAAGGGAACCUGCCCGUAAGCGCCAAGUGCACGGUGUGUGACAAGACCUGUGGCAGCGUGCUGCGUCUGCAGGACUGGCGUUGCCUCUGGUGCAAGGCCAUGGUGCACACGGCGUGCAAGGAGUCGCUGCUGACCAAAUGCCCGCUGGGCCUGUGCAAAGUGUCUGUCAUCCCCCCCACGGCCCUCAACAGCAUUGACUCAGAUGGAUUCUGGAAGGCCACAUGCCCUCCAUCUUGCACGAGCCCCUUGCUGGUCUUUGUCAACUCGAAAAGCGGCGAUAACCAGGGCGUGAAGUUCCUGAGACGAUUCAAGCAGCUGCUGAACCCGGCCCAGGUCUUCGACCUCAUGAAUGGAGGGCCACACCUGGGGUUGCGGUUAUUCCAGAAAUUUGACACAUUCCGGAUUCUGGUCUGUGGAGGGGACGGCAGUGUUGGCUGGGUCUUGUCUGAAAUCGACAGCCUCAAUUUACAUAAACAGUGUCAGCUGGGUGUGCUGCCCCUGGGGACCGGGAAUGACCUGGCACGCGUGCUGGGCUGGGGUUCGGCCUGUGAUGAUGACACGCAGCUCCCCCAGAUCCUGGAGAAGCUCGAGCGGGCCAGCACCAAGAUGCUGGACAGGUGGAGCAUCAUGGCGUACGAGACCAAGCUCCCGAGGCAGGCCUCCUCCUCCACCGUCACCGAGGACUUCAGUGAAGACUCUGAGGUCCAGCAGAUCCUUGUCUAUGAAGACUCGGUCGCAGCCCAUCUCUCAAAAAUCCUGACGUCCGACCAGCACUCGGUGGUGAUCUCCUCAGCUAAAGUGCUCUGUGAGACCGUGAAGGACUUCGUGGCUCGCGUGGGGAAGGCCUACGAGAAAACCACUGAGAGCUCGGAGGAGUCGGAGGUCAUGGCCAAGAAGUGCUCUGUCCUGAAGGAGAAGCUGGACUCUCUCCUCAAGACUUUGGACGAUGAGUCCCAGGCCUCAUCCUCUCUACCCAACCCACCGCCCACCAUCGCCGAGGAGGUGGAAGACGGGGACAGUCCCGGCAGCCUCUGCAGCUCAUCGGGGGACCGCCCGGUGGGCUCGGCCUGCCCCACCCGGCCACAACUCUUCCGGCCACGAGAGCAGCUCAUGCUCAGGGCCAAUAGCCUGAAGAAAGCCAUCCGUCAGAUCAUCGAGCACACGGAAAAAGCCGUCGAUGAGCAGAAUGCCCAGACUCAGGAGCAGGAAGACUUCAUCCCAGGUCUCUCCGAGUCUGAGGAAAAGAAGGACCCAAGGAUGGAGGACAGGGUGGGCCCGCCACCACCUGCUAGCGACAACUGCGGGGUCUCUAAAGGCAGGAGCCACCGCAAAGUGUCCAAAUCCCCAUGUGAGAAGCUGAUAAACAAAGGAAGCCUGUCUCUGGGCAGCUCGGCAUCUCUCCCUCCCCAGACAGGAAGCCGGGAUGCCUUACCAGUGCUGAACACGAAGACCCUGUACCCACAUGUUCGGGCGGGGAUGUCCGGGUCCUUGCCUGGAGGGUCUGUCAUCAGUCGAUUGCUAAUUAAUGCUGACCCCUUUAAUUCCGAGCCAGAAAGUCUAGAGUAUUACACAGAGAAGUGUGUCAUGAACAACUACUUUGGCAUCGGCCUGGAUGCGAAGAUCUCCCUGGAUUUCAACAACAAGCGUGACGAGCACCCAGAGAAAUGCAGGAGUCGAACCAAAAACAUGAUGUGGUACGGAGUUCUGGGGACCAAAGAGCUGCUGCACAGAACCUACCGGAACCUGGAGCAGAAGGUUCUGCUGGAGUGUGAUGGGCGCCCAAUACCCCUUCCCAGUCUUCAGGGAAUUGCUGUCCUUAACAUUCCCAGUUACGCCGGAGGGACCAACUUCUGGGGGGGCACCAAGGAAGAUGACACCUUCGCCGCCCCGUCGUUCGAUGACAAGAUCUUGGAGGUGGUGGCCGUGUUUGGCAGUAUGCAGAUGGCGGUGUCGCGGGUGAUUAAGCUGCAGCAUCACCGGAUUGCCCAGUGCCGCACCGUAAGGAUCUCUAUCCUGGGUGAUGAGGGCGUCCCUGUGCAGGUGGACGGGGAGGCCUGGAUCCAGCCUCCAGGCUACAUCCGCAUCCUUCACAAGAACCGGGCGCAGACGCUCACCAGGGACCGGGCCUUUGAGAGCACCCUCAAAUCCUGGGAGGACAAACAGAAGUGUGAACUGCCACGGCCCCCCUCUUUCUCGCUGCACCCUGAGGUCCUGUCUGAGGAGGAGUCCACGCAGAUGAGCCAGUUUGGUCAGGCGGCGGGAGCCCUCAUCCACAGCAUCCGGGAGAUCGCACAGUCGUACCAGGACAUGGAACAAGAGCUGGCGCACGCCGUGAACGCCAGCUCCAAGGCCAUGGAUCGUGUCUACGGCAAACCCCGGGCCUCUGAGGGGUUGAACUGCAGCUUCAUCCUGGAGAUGGUGAACAACAUCAAAGCGCUGCGCAGCGAGACGGAACUGCUGCUGGCCGGCAAGGUGGCCCUGCAGCUGGAUGCCCCUCAGAAGGAGCGGCUCGCGGCAGCACUCGCGGAGAUGGACGUGCAACUGGGGAAGCUGGUGGACACCUCGUGGCUCUGUCAGUGCCCAGAGCCCGGGGACGAGGAGAGUGGGAUGCUGGAUCUUUCUAAACGCAGCCGCAGUGGUAAAUUCCGCCUGGUGACCAAGUUCAAAAAGGAGAAAAACAGCAAGGACAAAGCGCGAAGCGGCCUGGGAGCCCCGGUGCACCUCUGGGGGACAGAGGAGGUGGCUGCCUGGCUGGAGCACCUCAGUCUCUGUGAGUAUAAGGACAUCUUCACGCGUCAUGACAUCCGGGGCUCCGAACUCCUGCACCUGGAGCGGAGGGACCUCAAGGACCUGGGCGUGACCAAGGUGGGCCACAUGAAGCGGAUCCUGUGUGGCAUCAAGGAGCUGAGCCGGGUGCCCGCCGAGGCCUAG